UAAAAUUACAAAUUCAAAAAAUAAAAAUAAAAAAACGAAAGAGGAGAGAGAGCUUCUUCUUCACACCCUUCAAUCCCAUCAUCAUCAUCAUCAUCAUCAUCAACAUCAUGAUGUUGCUGUUGAUUUUGUCCCAACAAAUCCCCAAAAAAACAAGUUGAAUUCCACCAAACAAUGUCUUGGCUCUUCAGCUCUCCCCGCCAACCCGACGACGACGACCCGCGUGAUGUAGAACAACCCAACCAACCGCAAAACGACCUGUCGUUUCUCCGCCAAACCCUCGGCCGCCAAAUCCGCGGCGUCGCCACCUUCCUCGCUCCACCUCCAUCACCACCAUCAUCGCCAUCAAACGACGACGUUCCCUCGUCCAAUUCUCUGUCGCAAUCGCAGGCGCUUUUGGGAAUCCGGAAUGAUCUGUUGGAGAUCGGCGGGAGCUUCAAGACUGGCCUCUCCCUGCUCUCUACGAACAGCAACAAAGCCGUAACCGAGAUCUCCAAGUUCGCGUCGAGCUUGCUGCAGCUUCAGAACGAAGCUUUAGAAGAAGGCGGAGCUGCUGAUGACGACGGCGAUGUUGGUGGAGGUCAAGUGCCGGGGAUCACGGACGAAGUUCUCGGUUUCGUUGCCGAGAUUUCGGUGUUGCCGGACUGCUGGAUCGACUUUCCUAUGACGCUCGAUCAUGCAGAUUUCAGCAUGACGGAUGCUCAGAGAGAGCAUGCGUCCGCUGUUGAACAAUUGGUUCCGGGAUUUGCAGAUUUUAGAGUCCGACUUUGCAGUUCCAUGAGUGAGGAGCAGUUUUGGAUGAUCUAUUUCUUGUUGCUGCUUCCAAGACUAAAUGAACGUGAUUUUGAGCUUCUAUCAACCCCCAAGAUUGUUGAAGCAAGAGAUGCACUUCUGCACAAACUUCAAAACAAGACGAACACACAGGAGGAUGCCCCAGAGAAGUCAAUUCUCGUUUCACCUAAAAGGCACAUCCAGGAUGGGAAGACACGAGGGGAGGAAGUCUCAUCUCAAGAGAAGGAAGCCUUGACUGAGAUAGUUAAUAUUGCAGAAAGGUUAAAGACCGAUGACAAAGAGGGCACUGAGCAGUGGUCUGAAGGGGCAAGUAUUAGCUCUGGCACUUUAGUGGAUGGGCAAAGAAAACAUGAACCUGAAGACGAUAUCUCAUUCAGUGAUUUAGAGGACGAUGAGAAUGACCUUUCUAGCAGACAGUCAGGACUAAGGCAAGGACGGGAUGCCAGGGCAUGUUCACCUAAUGGAUCAAAUGACUGGGUUCAGCUGAACCAAAGCUCGGAAACUGAGGGUGGCCAGAAAAAGGCUGGUCGGUCAAAAGGGAAAGAUUCAGAAGGUGAGGAUUCAAGUGACUGGUUUGCGGUAGAUGAAUACGAUUAGACAAAUUUGGCUGCAGCUUGCUUGCCAACUUAUUGUAAAGUUUUCGUUUCUUUUCGGUUUUUCGGGUUGGGUGGGCUGCAUUGUGUACUUAUAUGGGGUAUCAGCAUCUUAUACAAAGCUUCCUUGUUGAAAUUAAUAAUGCAAAUGAAGUUUAUUUCAAAA